UAUGGCAAAGCUGAACUUUAUCAGAAGUUGGAGCAGCUUGGCAAAGGAUCAUACGCAACAGUUUAUAAAGGAUUUAGUUUACUGACAAACAGUACAGUCGCUCUGAAGGAGAUCAAACUUGAAACUGAAGAAGGUACUCCAUUCACUGCCAUCAGGGAAGCUUCCAUCCUGAAAGGAUUGAAGCACGCAAAUAUUGUAACACUUCAUGAUAUUGUGCAUACAAAGACUUCUCUUACUUUUGUUUUCGAGUACCUGCACAUAGACCUAGGGCAAUACUUGGAUAAGCACAAGGGAGGACUAAACCCCUAUAACACAAAGUUGUUCCUGUUUCAAUUACUGCGAGGUCUGUCAUUCUGCCACGAAAAGCAGAUAUUGCACAGAGAUUUAAAGCCUCAAAACUUGUUGAUAGGAGAGAGGGGAGAGUUAAAGUUGGCUGAUUUCGGCCUCGCCCGAGCAAAAUCCAUACCAAGCAAAACAUUUUCCGACGAGGUCGUGACCUUGUGGUAUCGGCCUCCUGACCUUCUGUUGGGGUCAACUCAGUACACGACCUCUCUGGAUAUGUGGGGCGUGGGGUGCAUUUUUGUAGAGAUGAUCACGGGUGCAGCCGUCUUUCCUGGUCUCAAUGAUAUUCAUGAUCAACUGAACAAAAUUUGGAUGAUAUUAGGAACCCCGAAUGAACUUUCGUGGCCCGGGGUGAGCCAACUGCCCCACUUUCAUCCGCAGAAGAUGUCGCAGCAACAUCAGAAACGCUGGUCUCAGUGCUUUCCUAAGUUAGGGCGCAUUCCUUACGCCGAACCUCUGGUCGUCUGCAUGCUUCAAGUUAUGCCACAGCGCCGCAUAUCAGCUUUGGAAGCAUUGAGACACGCAUACUUUAGCGAUCUGCCAUCUGCACUCUUCGACCUGCCUGACGAUGUUUCAAUAUUUACGAUCCCGACUAUCAAACGACAUCCUGAAUCAGAUGAAGUCUUGCAGAUU